UAUACCCCCCGUAUUCAUAAACGCUCCUCGACUUGAACUUGACUUGCCACCGCUUUGGGCAGCGCGUUCGAAACGCGUUGAAGGUAAGCUGGAGAGGCCACAGCGUCUUACACCAGCUUCUUACACGGGCCGUAACGCGCUAGCACAAACGCGUUAGAAACGCGCUAGAAACGCGGCCUUUCGUUAAUGUUGGGUAUUUAUAGCCAUCGUGGUGCGUUUGUCCAUGUCCGCUUCGUGGCGUAGUCAGUUGCUUUCUUGCGUCCGUGGUGAACGGUCGUGCGUAGCAUGAGCUCCGAAGGAGCGGCUUCAGCGGCCCGGCAGGGCCGCGGUAUCAGGUCAACUGAAAAACCAGGCCAGGACUACCAAGUGAUUUUGCCAUCAUUGCCAACAGGUGCGUCCGUUUUGCACACAGUUUUUUUGCACGGGGAUGUCAAGGCAAGGCCUUACAAGGUGGAACAUUUUCGCGACGCUCUUAUACGACUGUCGCUCAUGCCGGAAGUGGUUGCCCUGGGUGCAUAUCAGAUGAACCAUCUGUGGGCGGUGACUUUCAAGGACGAAGAAGGGAAAAAGAAGAUUCUUGCUGCAGACGCGUUUGAUGUCAAGGACCACCGUUGUGUGGUCGUCGACCCGUGCGACCGUGGCGUCCGACUCAAGCUCUACUGGCUUCUUCACGGAGUACCCGACGAAGACGUUCGUACUGCUUUGUCACCUUUUGGAAAAGUGACUGAAAUCACCAGGGACAAGUGGCGGGUUCAAGGAUGCGUUGACAAAGGGUCAACCACCCGUUCCGUGAUACUGAAGCUGAAGGCUGGCGUCACCACUGAAGACUUGCCCCACCAGCUGCGAGUAGCGGAAGAUGUCGCGCUCGUGCACGUCCCAGGCAGAGCUCCUCUCUGCCUCCGAUGCCGGGGCAUCGGGCACAUACGACGCGAGUGCCGCGUACCACGCUGCGGGCUUUGUCGUCGUUACGGCCACGACGAGACUCAGUGCGUGCGAACCUACGCAACAGUGACAGGCCCGGCAUUGAAAGAGGACGCGACUGAUCACCUGAUGGACGUGGUAGACGCAGUGGAAGCCGCUGGUGAAGGGAGUGAUGUCCAGCCCUCAGUGUUGACGCCUCUGAAGAAGGCAACACCUGCUGACGAGGCCAAGCCAUCGGACGGCGGGAAAGACCCAUGGGAUGACACGGCAGAGCCAAAUUCCUCGGUUGAGAUCGAGGAUAAAGACGCCAAGGAAACUUGCACCUUAGCAGAAGCGACGACCGGGGAAACGCAGGACACUUACGACACCGUGAUGCCUGCGUCUUGCAGUGCGCCUGCUAAGAGGCUUCAUGAGGAGACGGAUGAGCAGGAAGAAAAGGAUCAAGAGAAAGGGUGUAGUGACGAGCCUCCACCGAAGGCUCCACCCGGACGCCGACCGGCGUUCAAGCCCAAGCCCGGCGUUCAAGCCAAACGCCGCACUACAACCCCGACGCCUCCGCGUUAGCGGAGGCGUUUCUAGGAGAGCAAGAGUGUUGUGGUCUGGGGACUAGGGUUUGUGGGUGGGAUGUGCUUUGGCCGUCGUCAUUGCUGUUUAAAGCCCCGAAAACCAUGGUCCGCCUGGCUAGACCACCGUGUCAACGAAACAGGAGAUGUGAGACGGACGAUGUG